AUGGCUGCGCCCGCCACCGCCGUGCAGCGGCUCUUCGAGGCGUGCCGCGAGGUCUUCACCGGAACUGGUCCAGGAGCUGUUCCACCGCCUGCCGGCGUCGAGAGGAUCAAGUCUGUUCUAGAUAGUAUCACAGCAGCAGAUGUUCGUCUAACAUCCAACAUGUCAUAUUUCCGACGUGUUGACGCCCAUGGUACUCCAAAAAUCACUUACUUGCACCUAUACAAGUGUGAAGCUUUCUCGAUUGGCAUCUUUUGUUUGCCUUCAAGGGGUGUCAUUCCUCUCCAUAAUCACCCUGGCAUGACUGUGUUCAGCAAGCUUUUGUUUGGUGCCAUGCAUAUAAAAUCUUAUGACUGGGCUGCUGCUCAACAAGAUACACCUGAUGUUCAAUUGCAAGGACCACGUUUGGCAAAGGUGAAGGUUGAUGGCAUCUUGACUGCACCUCAUGAAACAUCGGUACUAUAUCCAGAAGAUGGUGGUAAUAUGCAUUGCUUUACUGCACAAAAUGCUUGUGCAGUGCUUGAUGUCCUUGGCCCUCCAUAUGAUGAUGGUAGUGGAAGGCACUGCCAGUACUACAAUGUCUCUUCCUCUGCAAUUUCUGUUGAACAUGAGUUCUGCAUACGUAUAUUCCUGAAAGGAAGGCGACCAAAUGGAAAUCUGUACAUAAAUAACUGGGCCUCAAGGUCUGCAUUGAUUAUCGUUAACCUGCUGGUCAUCAUUACUUCAACUGGGAAGACUGGAACUGCUUAUAGUAAUAAGCAAUGA